ACGCGUUGCAGAAUUGAUCAACUACAAAGUAUUAAAAAUGAUCCACUCCUUAAUAUGAUAAUUGUGUUACCGUUGGUUGCAAACGAUUCGUGAAUAUUUUAUGACUUCACAGCACUAGGACCAGGCGGACGUCUUUGGAGGUCGGAGAAGCUCCCUCAUCUUUGCAAACCAUCUUGGGUAUAGAGUCCAUUGUAAACAUGGCUGCCGCUGUGCAUCGGAUUCUGUCCUUCAGUAGAAAUGCUAAGGUGCUUGUAUCACCUCUACAGCGCUACAGUGUAGAAGUGUCGACCACUGGAGAGCAAAUUACCCACACCGGACAGGUGUAUGAUGAAAAUGAUCCCAGGCGGGCCAGGUUCGUAGGCCGACAGAAAGAGGUGAACAAGAACUUUGCAAUCAAGCUGGUGGCUGAAGAGCCAGUCAGUGGCAUCGAGGCCAGAGUGGUGUCAUGUGACGGGGGUGGAGGAGCACUGGGCCACCCAAAAGUCUACAUCAACCUGGAUAAAGAAACUAAAGUGGGAACAUGUGGCUACUGUGGACUGCAGUUCAAGCAGACCCAUCAUCAUUGAGACUCUUUCUCAGUCCCUCUCUCUCUCUCUCUCUCUCUCUCUCUCUCUCUCUGUAGUCUGUCAUUCUGGUUAAUAAAUUAUAUCUACUUUUCUCCUCA